AUGUCAAGUGGCCCUAGUCCCUCGACACGGAAACCCAAGUCAGUGACAGUCGAGGAUGUCCCCGACGAAGAUGACGGCCUACCUCAGCAUCUCUGGGAACAGCACUUCCCUGGAGAUGUUGCAUCAAUCAUUAGCCAGGCAGAUACCGAAUUCGACAACCUGCUCGCGCAACAGAAGGCCGACAAUGCUGUUCCGUGGCAACCCUUCGAGACGCAGGAAGAAUGGCAGUUAGCGCGGUGGCUCCUGACAUCCGGGCUGUCACAGGCUGCAAUAGACGACUAUCUUAACCUAGAGAUCACAAAGCACCGAACAAAGCCAUCAUUUGGCAGCAAGCGCGAAUUCUUCAAGCGCAUUGAUGCUCUUCCAAAGGGCCCCGGGUGGAUACUCGAAACAUGGGAGGUCACUGGGAAUGUUCUUGAUGAAGACGGGAAACCACUUACCGAGGAGGUCGAGCUUUGGCGACGCCGUCCUGUCGAGUGUAUCAAGGAGUUAAUUGGAAAU